AUUUUUGUGCUGUGUACACGUGUUCUCCACAAUGGCACCCGUCGAAAAAGCUAAAAAGGUCGCCAAAUCGGCCAAAAAGGGCAAGAAGCACCCCCUGAACUCAUACCUCAAGGGUGGUAUUCUGCGAUACUCCAAAGCCCAGAUGUACAAGCGCCGCGCGCUGUACCGCCUGAAAGACAAGAAGCACCCCGUCGUGCAGAAGGAGAAGGUGCCCAUCAAGAAGGUCAAGAAGAUCGGAGGCCCCAAGAACGGAGGUGAGCGUACCGUUUAUCUGCGCAAGCCUAAGGCCAACUAUCCAACCAAGACUUUCGUGAAGAAGCGCCCCGGCAAGGCUAAUUUCAGUGAGCACAAGCGCAACACGCGCCGCAAUCUGCAGCCCGGCACCGUGCUCAUCCUGUUGGCUGGCCGUCAUCAGGGUAAGCGCGUUGUUCUGCUGAAGACGCUGACCUCUGGCCUGCUGCUGGUCACCGGUCCGUUUGCACUGAACUCGUGCCCACUGCGUCGCGUUUCGCAGCGUUAUGUUAUUGGCACCUCGACACGGGUGGAUUUGGGCGCAUUCAAGGUACCCGAACAUCUGAACGACGCCUAUUUCCGUCGCCUGAAGGCUAAGAAGCAAAAGAAGUCCGGCGAAGCCGACAUCUUCGCGGCCAAGAAGGAGCGCUUUGUGCCCAACGAGCAGCGCAAGAAGGACCAGAAGGAGAUCGACAGCGCCCUGCUGAAGGUGAUCAAGGCCCACCCAGAGGGUAAAUUCUUCAAGAAGUACUUGCAAAACAUGUUCGCUCUGCACUCUUCCCAAUACCCACACCGUCUGCGCUUCUAAGCGUUUGGCCCAAACAAAACUUCAAUUUAAGGAUUUUUAAAUACUUUGAUUACAAAUAAUUUUGUAAAAAGAAAAUAAACAAUUACAAAAUCGUAA